AUCUCUGCCAGCCUCCAACAAAGUGACCAGCCAACACAACCACUCUGCGAAAUUUCUGCCUGCUGUCAAACGUGAGUCUUUCUUCUACUCAAAUCUGCUCAGUCCUCUGACAAUUGUCAAAACCUCCCUGUGCAGCAAAGAAGCUCGAGCCAACCACGCUACGACCAUAUUGUGUCCUUACACUUCUCAAUCCCAUCCGUGCACUGAGCAAUUCACUCGGAUUGAUCGAAGCACCAGACUAAGGAGCAUUGUGCUCCUCUUUGCCUCCAUGGCACCAGUCUCCUCUUUGAACAAGUACCUCGACUUCGAUGACCUCAAGUAUUCCUCCCUCGAACUCGAUGCUCGGUCUCCUGAGGAAUUGGCAAGAACCUCUUUGAACAGACGCAAUGUGAUUGACAAUCCUUUCAUUCCGCGGAACGAUGACUCCAACCCUAUCCUCUCUCCUAUGGAGAGCUUCAAAGUCCUUACAGCAAGAGACGCAAAGUCAACAGACAAAUUCAACCCAGGGCAAGGCUCAGUGGAUCCAGAAGACAUCAACAUGAAAGGCCUCCAGGCAUUGUUUGCCAUCAUUGGAGUUUCGUUCGUCCUCGGUGCAAUCUGGUUCUUCUUUUGGGCCAAGAAUGGCGGCUUUAAAUGGCGCAAGGGCGACUGGGAAGAGUACAAAUCCACUGUCCUGCGACGCAAAGGUCCCAAUGGCACCACCCUCAGUAACGCCACAAAGAGCACGAUCCUCGGUGGUGGAAGCGUUGUUGGAGACGGCUAUUCGGACAAGGACACUGCCACUAAUACCGACGCAAUGACUGAGACCAUGACGGACCUAUCCUCUGAAGCACCCAUCCUCAAGGAGAAGCCGUCCAAGAAGAAUAAAGCCACCAAAGAGACGGCCAAAGAACGGAAGCUCCGCCAAAUCAACGAGGCAAGCUGGGAAGGAGGUCAUGACAACGACGUCCGGAAUUAUCGACACGAGAAGCCUGCACGGGUCGGCGGCCUCAACAAGGACUCUGACGCUCAGUUCUACGGUACCGAUUAUACGGCGACAGAGCGCAGCGCGAGCGACAUGAACAGCAACUACAGUUACACUUCACCUCAGGGUCCCCAAUCUCGCCAGUCCAGCCCCGACAAGCGCCAGAGCCGUCGCGACUUCUCGUACGGACAAGAAAAUGCAUUCAGCGCUGCCCCUUCUGUUCCUCGUCCAGCACGAUAUCAUUCACCUAACAAGAACGCCAGUCCACAGCGACCCAUUCGAACUGUGCCCGGCUCCUUCACCCAGCCUUUGGACUUUGACGUGCAGAGUCAACAUACAAAAACCUACCACCAUCACAUUCCAGGGCUAGGUGGGCAGGGAAAGGCAGGUGGAUAUCGACGGGACAGAGGGGAUAGUCUCGACGACUAGAUCAUCUUGGUUGAGUGAGUCGACUUGCAAGCUUGAGCGGAUGCAGAACCAAACACACGAAAUGGACGUGAAAGUGACGACCAAAUUGUAUAUCACUAUUAAGCGCAUCAAACAGACAUGGCGUGAGGGCGUACAGGUUAUGGACGGGAACUGGGAAUAACCAGUGAUGAAUCUGUCUGGCUUGCCUCCCUACGGGAAAAAGGGAAAAGGAAGAGAUCCUCGGGAAUAGAAUAGCUCGAAAGGCAUGGGCCAAAGCAUGCUUUGCAAGUAGACAAUGAUCAGUAUUGAAGGCUUGA